AUGGAAAAUGUACGGUUGGAAGAGAUGGUUGGGAAAGGGUGUUUAGUUCGUGUGAGUGUUGAUGACGGUUCGAGAUGCCUUUGUCGUGCGAUUAUUUGCAAAUAUUCGACGAGAUUGAGAAGAGCAUCAGCGUAUCUUGUGGAUUUUGGCAUAUUCAAAUGGGCCAAAGGAGUUGAUGUGAUCGACAUUUCAACGCUGAAUGGGGAUCUGAUCAAAGGAAGUGAAUACGUGAUAACGAUAAUAGCACGACGUGCUGAUGGUGUUUUUGUGGUGAAGAUAUCGUCGGUUGGAGAGGCGCUUUCAUCGACAUCCUUAAAUCAAAGAUAUGGUAUCCAAUGUGAACGAUUUGGUUUCAACAUCGCAGUGGAACGAUGA